AGGAGCCGCAAACUCCAGGUCUCGCGACAGUUUCUUAUUUCUUCAGGCUCGGCCUACAGGUAGCGCGAGAGUAACUCGUCCAAUCACGAAGCUAGAUGGCUGCACAAGAUGGCGGCGCGCUGGGAGCGUAACAUCUGCGUUUCUAGGAGCUUCGCGCUGCGGGUGGUUUGAGACUGUGGAGUUGUAGCAGUCCACGCCACACAGUUGGUUUGGCAGGAACUUCAGCCUCGGAGGAUGGCUCUCAGUAAAUCAAUGCAUGCAAGAAAUAGAUACAAGGACAAACCUCCUGACUUUGCAUAUCUGGCAUCCAAAUAUCCAGAUUUUAAGCAGCAUGUUCAGAUAAACCUGCAUGGAAGAGUAAGUCUUAAUUUUAAAGACCCUGAAGCAGUCAGAGCUCUGACUUGUACUCUCCUAAGGGAAGAUUUUGGACUUUCUAUUGAUAUUCCCUUAGAGAGACUAAUUCCCACAGUUCCUUUGAGACUCAACUAUAUUCAUUGGGUGGAAGAUUUAAUUGGUCACCAGGACUCUGACAGAAGUACUCCCCGAAGAGGAAUUGAUAUAGGUACCGGGGCAUCUUGCAUCUAUCCUUUACUUGGAGCGACCUUAAAUGGCUGGUAUUUCCUUGCAACGGAAGUAGAUGAUAUAUGCUUCAACUAUGCAAAGAAAAAUGUGGAACAGAAUAAUUUAUCUGAUCUCAUAAAAGUGGUAAAAGUACCCCAGAAGACACUCCUGAUGGAUGCUCUUAAAGAAGAAUCUGAGAUAAUCUAUGAUUUUUGCAUGUGCAACCCUCCCUUUUUUGCCAACCAGUUGGAAGCCAAGGGAGUAAACUCUCGGAAUCCUCGAAGACCUCCACCUAGUUCUGUAAACACCGGAGGUAUCACAGAGAUCAUGGCAGAAGGAGGUGAAUUAGAGUUUGUCAAAAGGAUCAUCCAUGACAGUUUGCAACUUAAAAAAAGAUUAAGGUGGUAUAGCUGUAUGCUAGGAAAGAAAUGCAGUCUGGCUCCUCUGAAGGAAGAGCUUCGCGUACAAGGGGUUCCUAAAGUCACCUUCACUGAGUUCUGUCAAGGUCGGACAAUGAGAUGGGCUUUAGCAUGGAGUUUUUAUAAUGAUGUAACAGUACCAUCGCCACCAAGUAAACGAAGAAAAUUGGAGAAGCCAAGAAAACCCAUUACGUUUGUAGUGUUGGCAUCUGUGAUGAAAGAGCUGUCCCUCAAAGCGUCGUCUUUGGGCUCUGAGACAGUGGAAGGCAUAGUAGUUGUGACGACCUGGAUUGAAAAAAUUCUCACCGAUCUGAAGGUCCAGCAUAAGCGAGUUCCCUGUGGAAAGGAGGAGAUUAGCCUUUUCCUAACAGCCAUAGAAAACUCCUGGAUUCAUUUAAGGAGAAAGAAAAGGGAACGAGUGAGACAAUUGAGAGAAGUUCCCCGAGCUCCUGAGGACGUCAUCCAAGCCUUGGAAGAGAAAAAGUCCUCUCCCAAAGAGUCUGGCAAUAGCCAAGAUUUGGCCCAGGGCCCCCGGGAGAGUGCCCCAUGUGGGCCUGCUGUACAGGAGGGCGAGUCUCUCACUGUUGAGGGCCACUGCCCAAACCAGCAUUCCCUUUCCCAAGAAGAAAAGCCAGAGACCAUGGAGGAUGAAAGGAGUGAGGAAAAGGGAGGGAUAGAGGUUUUGGAAAGUUGUAAAGGCUCUAGCAACGAACCCCAGGACCUGGAGGCAUCUGAGCAGUUCGGCAACCCAGUGGCUGAAAAAGGGAAACAUCUGCAAGGAGCAGCUGGACAUUAUCUGUUUAAGUGUUUGAUAAAUGUUAAGAAGGAGGUAGAUGAUGCAUUAGUUGAAAUGCAUUGGGUUGAGGGCCAGAACAGGGAUUUGAUGAACCAGCUUUGUACCUAUAUACGUAACCAAAUUUUCAGGCUUGUUGCUAGUUAACUCCAAACUUCUUGCAUUGUUGGGAAAAGUGUCUAUAAAAGCAGCUUGCCUUGGAGUGGCCAAUGGGGUGCCAGGAGGAAUUCCACCAUUGGCUCAUUAGUAACAUUAUACGGAAUACUUUUUAAAAACAGAAACAAAUUAAUCCAUUUUUAAAUCUACCCCCCCCCCCACCUUUUUUUUUAAGUUAUAGGGAAUAGUAUUAUGGUCUCUCAGGAGGAAGAAUGGUGGUUAUCAGCAACAACAAAAAGCCAUCAGUAAACUCAUGAGGGAUUUAAACCUGACUUAAGCUGGUCACCUCAGCUUGGGCUGGUUCUCUGAGGCCGAAGGGCUUGUUUUUGGGGUCUGGUCUGGGUCAGGGCUGCACAGAGCAUCAUGCUCUCUCUGCCACCCAAGGAUGCUUCAUGAGGAAGGAAGGUUCUCUUUUCCUCUAAAUGGAGAUAGUUCAACAGGGCAGCUAGGCCCUGGUACCCUCUUCUGGAGUCACCUUUCAAGACUGGACCUACUCACUGUGGGUACAUAUAAUGAUCCCUGUCUCAUACCUGAGAAAGGAACUGGCCUAAUGGUAGGUGGUGGGAGAGUCAGGGAGAGAAACCUAAGUGAUGCUGGGUGGAAGGACCGAUCUGUGGAGCGCCUGUGGAAACUUACAUGCCUGACCGAUGUCUGCUUUAAUGGUGCUUAUUUCAGAAACAGAAUUAGGUAAGCAAAACUCCCAAAUGUGACUGAGACACAGCAGAAUGCAGCUGUACUCCUACCUCCAGCCAUUUCAUAGCUGUUUUACUGCUGUAGGAUUUUCAUUUGUUUUGACAUUUGAAGUGGAGCUUUGUUUUGUUUUUAAUAUAAGACUAUUCAAAACUGAAAAUCAUCAAUCCUGUUUGAAUCCUGGGGUUGGGGGAAUGUUUUUGUGGGGAGGGGCUUUGGGUGGGUAAGUGGUUUUUGAUAGGAAUAAGAAAUGGAGCCAUAUAGUAUGUACAGCAGUUAACUUAUGAAAGUCGCAUCUGUUGGCAGAUAAGUUGUUGGUGACCAGAUACAGCUGUUUGUGGGUUCAAGUAUCAUCCUCUGUGCUUACCUGUUAGCACUGGAGAUUUCUGAGGCCAAGUAACUGUGUUUCAAAACAUGUUUCUAAUUGGAAUGCCAGGGCUCAGCAGGAAUGCCUCUGGAAAAGGAGCCUCUUUUUUUGUUCUUUUGGUGUCUCACUUACCCUCUGCUGCAUUUAACUUUCACAGCCUGAUUUUACACAGCAGCCUAGGGUUCUGUUUAGACUAAAAUCUUUGAGUAUGGUGCCAGAGCUCCUUGCCACCUACAAAGAAGACUCGGGCUGAGAAGUUAAGCCACCCUUUUGAGAGGUGGAUGUUGGUAGGAUCGAAAGCUGAUGACCUUGGCAUAUCUUGGCAGCAGUAGAUCAGGUCCUCAGCAAAGACCCAGGAAAUGAAAAUAGUACUAUAGUAUGCCUCCCUGUGGUAGUGGAGCCAGAGCUGUGGAAGAGAACAUAUUAACCAAUGUUUAUGUCUGGUCCAUGGACCUCUAGAGAAUCCAUAAACUUCCUGGAAUUAUUUCUAAAAGCUCUGUGAGCAUGUAUUUUUUUUUUUUCCUUUUUUUUUUUUUCCCAUGGGGAGAGGGUCCCUGAUUUAUAGACAGGAGUCACGAGGAUUAAGAACCACUCUUCUAGUUCAGCCCUUCAUUUGACAGGAUGAGGAGACCAAUGCCCAGGGUCACACAGAGCCAAGAUUCAGUUCAGGGCCUCUGGUACAGUAAUUUUCUGCCAUACCCACCCGUACCUUUCUGCUGUACUUACCUAUGAUGACUGUCACAUUCAAAUAAUAAGCAGUGACCCAAACCUAGUUUUCUUGAUAUAAGUGUAAGAUAAACUGUUCAUUCAAAAAGUAAUCGAUAAGUAUUAUUUUUGCUUGUUUAUUUUAUUAUAAAAGAGUAUCACAUGCUUAUUAAAGAAGAUUUGGAAAAA